AUGUAUGAAAUGUCAAUUCAAGAGUUAAACGGCAGCGGGCCGAAGAAGAGGAAAAAGUCGCUAGAUAUUUCCGAUGAGAAAGACGCGCUCAAUGUGUGUGAGAAGAUAGAGGGAGUGAAAGAUGAGAAGAGCGGAGUGGAGUUGCUUCACUGGCGCGAUAUGCCGAAGCAUCUGCAGUUUAACCCCUACGUGCUGACUGGGUAUAGGCCACUGCAGGACUGGAGCGGUUGUCUUAGAAGCCUGUUUUACUUCCACAAUGAGACCAUUAAUAUUCUCACUCAUGGUAAUGUAAAAUUUUUAAAGUAG